AUGAAGACGAAAGGUAUUAUAAACAAAACACUAUAUUGUAAUGGAAUAGACGAUUGUGGUGAUCGAUCAGACGAGAAGACCUGUUCAAAACUGACUGAUUCCAACAAUUUCGACUGUCAACGUUUAUUUAUCUCGAGUAACUGGCACUGUGAUGGUGUUGUCGAUUGUUACAAUGGUCUUGAUGAGAAAAACUGUCCACCUGCUAAAAACUGUACUGAUAAUCAAUUCAAAUGUGAUAAUCGUAAAUGUAUUGAUAACAAUCUUUGUGAUGGAGUCGAAGAUUGUUGGGACAGAUCAGAUGAAAAGAAUUGUGAUAAAACUAAAUGUGCACAAAACCAAUUUGAUUGUGGUGACCGAUGUAUUCCAUUACAAUGGCGAUGUGACAAACGAAAGGAUUGCUUGAAUUUAAUGGAUGAAAAGAUGUGUAACCUUGUCAUGUACAAAUCCUUACGACUUGAUUCAGAUCUUCGAUGUGUUGAAGGUACAUUUCCAUGUGCCGAUCGAUCGGGAUGUAUUUCGAACGAUUUUGUUUGUGACAAAUAUCCUAAUUGUAAAGAUCAUUCUGAUGAGAUGAAUUGUCCAGAUAGAAACGAUUUAAUAUAAUCACAAAUAAACAAUUAUCCAAGUAA